AAUCGGUUGAUUGGUGACAUGAUUAUGUGGUGCGUGUGAAGCAAGCUCCUAAUAGAGAGAAGAGUUAAAAUAGUGAGUUGUGAAAAUAGGCCUUGGUUAUUGGAGGUGAAACAAGACUCCAUCCCGACAUAAGUUAGAGACUUUUGUGUUCAGAACCAUCUGAGAACUAGCUCAAGAUGGACAAGCUUCCAAUAGAGAUCAUCAUCAACAUUCUCUCAAGACUACCCAUCAAGCCCUUGGUACGUUGCAGGUGCGUAUGCAAAUUCUGGCUCAACUUAACCCAUGAUUCUCAACUCAUCACCAUGCACCUCCACCAAUCAUUCGAAAACGAAGACAGCCUCAGUCUCAUCUUCUUACAGAACAUCCUUGUCGCCCCCAACCAUUUCCAAACUCGAUUAUCUUUCAUAGACAACAACAACAACAACAAUGGAGAUCACUACACGUUUGUUGACCUAAACGUGUCAUUGCCUCAUUUCGACAGCUUCGAAAUCUUAGGUUCUUGCAAUGGUAUACUUUGUUUGUUCGAUCCACUGGCCAAUAUCCCAAGAUACAUUUUCAAUCCUCUCAGUCGAGAGUAUGCAACUUUACCUAAUCCCAUAAGGCCAUCAUCAUCUCCUCCUCCUUGCCACGUUGCGAUUGGAUUCGGAUAUCUUCUAGAAAGCAACGUAUACAAGGUAAUACAGUUAGUUUACUACAGUAGUGAAAUCUUCAAUGGUGAUUCAAGGCCAGAGGCUCAUGUGCUCACUCUCGGUGACUGUUCAUGGAGGAAUAUUGGAAAGGCUCCGUUCUCUCUCAUCCGUGGGUUGAAAACUUCGCAAGCAUUUGUCAAUGGUGCUCUUCACUGGUUAAGUGGUAUGCCUGGCUUUGAUUGUAUUGUUUCAUUUGAUGUGGGUGAAGAACAGUUUGGAGUGGUUCCACAUCCUGAGUUUGAGUCAGGUCAACUUAACUACAGAUUGGGAGUGUUGAGAGGGUGUCUCUCAGCUGCAAACUACAAUUAUGGAGAGUAUGCUGAGAUGUGGGUGAUGAAUGAGUAUGGUGUGAAGUCAUCUUGGACCAAGUGUUUCAAAGUGAAUUGUAGUGAGGUUGGGUUUAAUAUAGGGUAUGUUUGGCCGCUCGGUUGCUGGAGGUCUGGGGAGGUUAGGUUGUUGCAUGGGAAUUCUAGUCUGCUUUGUUAUGAUCCCAGAACCAAAAGUUUGAGGAAGAUUAGUAUAGCUGGGUUACCUCAUGCCUUCUUCCAAGUGGUUAAACAUGUUGGAAGUCUGGUUUCACCUCAGAGUCUUUUUGGCGAAGGGUUGCACUUUGGACUGUUUGUUGGAGGAGAUGCAGGAGUACACCAACUUGAAUUUUGAAGCUGUGGCAGAAGAACCAACAAAAUAAUUUACUCCACGAGAUGAAACAACAAAGCACAAGAAAUGCUAAGGAGCAUGAAAAGAUUUUAAAUAGUUUGUAUGGCGUAAAUUUAAAAUUAGUGUGAUGUUGACUCUAUUUAGAAUAACUGUGAUCCAUGAAUGUAUUUUUUUGAAUAUUUUUUUGAAUGUAUUUUUCUUGAAUUUGUAAUAUUGUUUUAAAACUUAUUAAAAAGAAUUUGGAAACAAA